AUUGCAGCAUUACAAUCACUAAUAUACAUCAUCCUGAGCAUCAUUCUCUUGGCUGCAACCAUACUCACAGGCACUGAAUUAUCCCUCGACCUCAUCUUUGUAGAUACAGAAAUUCGAGCAGACACAGGCUUCGGUUGGACUGUACUCAUUGUCUGGAUGGUGAGUGCAUGUGCCAGCAUACCUCUUCUUGUACUCAUUGUUCAACGAGCAAAACAAAUUCUUGAUUUCGUGUUAACAUUUCAUUUUUUCCACUUGAUCUUUGUCUGGAAAGUAUCUCAUCAUUUUCCUAUAAGCUUUACCUGGUGGGUACUUCAAGUCGUGGAUAUUUUGAUUAUGACACUUGGAGGAGAAUGGGCAUGUAUGCAUCGAGAAAUGAAACCGAUUAUGAUACAUAGUAACAACAGUAACACACGGCAGCAAGCAAGUGGCAGCACGAGCAUCAUGAUAGAUGAUCAUAAUGAUGAUUCAGCAGAGAUUGGAAAAAAGAAGAGAAAAACCUCGGAU